CCCCCUGAGCGUGGACCUGGAGCGCUAUUACCAGACGGAGAACGAGGACGAGAACCCCUUCAUCUGCUCCCAGCCGCGGGAGAACGGCAUGCGCUCGUGCAGGAGCGUGCCCACACUGCGCGGCGAGGGCGGCGGCGGCCCCCCCUGCGGCCUGGACUAUGAGGCCUAUAACAGCUCCAGCAACACCACCUGCGUCAACUGGAACCAGUACUACACCAACUGCUCCGCAGGGGAGCACAACCCCUUCAAGGGCGCCAUCAACUUCGACAACAUCGGCUAUGCCUGGAUUGCCAUCUUCCAGGUCAUCACGCUGGAGGGCUGGGUCGACAUCAUGUACUUUGUGAUGGAUGCUCAUUCCUUCUACAAUUUCAUCUACUUCAUCCUCCUCAUCAUC